AUGUCGCAGAAAACGCCUAUCUUACUUCUCAAGACCAAAUCUGUUCCCGGCGACGCCUACGAGGAGCUCUUUUCAUCCCCGCCCAAUGGCCCCGCGUUCGACCCCUCAUUUGUCCCCGUCUUGGAGCACCGCUUCGAUGAACCAGGGAUGGCCAAGGUGCGAAGCGCCCUCCAGGACAGGACAAUAAGCACGGCCGACGACGCCGUAUAUGGCGGAUUGAUCUUCACGUCUCAGCGCGCCGUCGAGGCCUUCACCAAGCUCGCCGAAGAAAGGAGAGGCGAAGAUGGCUGGCCUCAUCUCCAGGACGUGCCCGUCUACAACGUCGGGCCCGCAACCACGCGGGCCCUGAAGGCCGUGCCCCAGGCGCCUUCGCUGCAGAUCUUUGGCGAGCACACCGGCACUGGGGAGAAGCUGGCGCCGUUCAUCCUCGAACACUACGGGGCGUGGUACAGGGACCGCGAGGUUAAGCCGCCCUUGCUGUUUCUCGUGGGCGAAAAGCGGCGGGAUGUUAUUCCCAACAUGUUGACCCGAGCCGGGUGGCGGGUGGAUGAAGUGGUCAUCUACGGCACGAGGGAGCUGAAGUCGUUUAAGGACGAGUUUACACAGCGUCUCGAAGACACGGCGGACCGGCCGAGGAGAUGGGUGGUUGUGUUUUCGCCCAGUGGCUGUGACAGCAUGCUGAGUGCCAUGGGUCUUCUUGACGAGAGCACAGGCAAGGCUAAGCCAAAGCGGCCAGACCAGAACAUCUUUGUUGCAACUAUUGGGCCAACAACGCGUGAUCAUCUGGUGCAGGAGUUUGGCUACGAGCCUGAUGUCUGCGCCGAGCAGCCUACGCCAGAGGGGCUAUGGCAGGGCAUCUCCCGCUUCAGUAGCUGUCUAGAAUAGGGCAGCAAGAAUUUAAGGUUCGUAAUGACGACGGAC